GAGCAAAAUAGAGUGUAUACUGUUUUCUUUGCAUUUUCCAGUUCCAAACUCCAACUCCUUCGAAGAUGCUCUCCAACGCAGCAAAAUCCGUCGUCCAGCGGGGAUUGUUUGGAAAUUUGUCUGCGUAAAAGUGAUUGCAUAACGAUAAAAUUGUUUCUAUACGACUGAUCAUCUACCCGAUAAAGAGUACAUAGUUUUGACCGAGAAUCAACCAACUGGUCGAAGGAAGGUCACGAGUCUGUGUGUAAACAUGGGACUAUCCAAGUGGGCACUACGAGCAGGGACCGGUGCCAAAACUGAGUCGGUAUCGAAAUCGACUGGUGAUACUUGGAAGAAAGUAAUCACAGCUCAACCAAACAAAAACGGAUAUGCUACGGAAGCGACGUUCGAGACGAAGGAUUUCAAGUUGCACAACCUGGAACAAGGUCCGGCCACAACGGUCACAGUAACGAAGGAAGAUGCCGUAAAGUACUACGGCAAGAUGUACGCCAUUCGGCGAAUGGAAACCGCCGCUGGUAAUCUGUACAAGGAAAAAAUCAUUCGAGGCUUCUGCCAUCUAUACUCGGGACAGGAAGCUUGCGCGGUUGGCAUGCAUGCCGCUAUGCGUCCAGAAGACUCCUGUAUUACUGCCUACCGGUGUCACGGAUGGACCUACCUGAUGGGGGUACCCAUUUCGGGAGUACUGGCCGAACUGACGGGAAGGCAGAGUGGUAGUGCCCGCGGUAAGGGCGGUAGUAUGCAUAUGUAUGCCCGUAAUUUCUACGGCGGGAAUGGCAUUGUUGGGGCGCAAGUUCCGCUGGGAGUCGGUAUUGCUUUUGCUGCCAAAUACAACGAGACAAAGGGAGUUUGCAUUGCUGCCUAUGGCGAUGGAGCCGCUAACCAAGGACAACUGUUUGAGGUAUAUAACAUGGCUAAACUGUGGAAAGCACCAUGCAUUUUUGUUUGCGAAAAUAAUGGUUACGGAAUGGGAACUAGUGCGGAGCGUGCUUCUGCCAAUGUGAACUAUUACACACGGGGUGAUACGGUUCCCGGAAUUUGGGUCGACGGCAUGGAUGUGUUGGCCGUGAGAGAAGCUACUCGGUUUGCUAUUGAACACUGCAACAGUGGAAAAGGGCCAAUCCUGCUGGAAACAGCCACGUACCGCUACUCUGGUCAUUCCAUGUCCGAUCCAGGAACAAGCUAUCGUUCCCGAGAUGAAAUCGCCGAAGUCCGUCAAACUAGAGAUCCGAUCACUUCUAUGAGAGAGAAAAUUAUCACCAAUCAGCUGGCUACAACUGAGGAACUGAAGGAGGUCGAAUCCAAAAUUCGAGGAGAAGUUGAAGCGGCCACAAAGUUAGCCAAGGCGGACAAGGAAAUUCCUGUUGAGGAACUGUGCGCCGACAUCUACUGCAAACCGGAUAACACUACUGCCAUUCGGAACGUAAUGCCCCAUCUGGAGUUGGAACACAGACGGCUGGGAAAAGCAGUCAACCUGUGAGAAGCUUAUACUGCCAACACAGAUCAGAUAUCAGCAGGUACUGUGAAAACUUAAAAUCUCAUUACUGUGAAUUGGGGAUGCAACCAAGUCAAAAGGUUAUUUAUUCAAUUAAGAGCAAAAAAUGAAAUGAGAAACACCACAUCCAACAACAAAGAAACAUUCUUCGAAGCAACGCACGACGGGUUCUAUUAUCGGGCAUUUAAUUUGUGUAUUUAUCUUGUUAUCCAUCCCCCCAGUAUACAGCAGAUCGAUCAUUUCAUCCAAGGACUGUUUGUUCACUAAUCAAUAAACCGAUGUUUAAAAUAGUGUCACCACAAAA